AUGGCGAAAAGGCAGAGAGGAGAAAGCACGGAUAUGUUGGACAAAAUUGACCGCUACACCUUCGAGUUGGCGGAUCCCAGUGGAAAGGCAGAGUUCGCCGCUUUUGGAAGGAUUACGAAGGAUUUUUUGCGCGCAUUCUCCGAGAACAAACACUACGAGGUGAUUCUUGGCGCCUUCCUCCAACAGCUCUUUACGGACCCAGUGAUGGUCAGCGAGGAAAACUAUAGGCAACUGGAGAACGGAUUGGUUGAGCGGGUCAAUGAAAUUCUUGCUGAGGAGCGUGCGCACGACAAGGAGCGCGUGCUAAAAGGCCGCAAACCGGUGUUUGAUCUGGCUGAGGACGAGGAGGAGGAAGAGGAGGACGGGGAGCCCGCCCUCACCGAGGAGGAACUGCGGCAACAGGAGGCGGAGCGUCUGGAGAAGGAGCGGCUGGAAGAGGAACGCAUGGCCGCACGUGAAGAGGAGCGUCGACGAAACGAGGAGGCUCUUCGCGCUCGUGCCCGCCAGGUGGACGCGAAGGCAAUGGAGAAGGUUCUUCAGGGUGCGACGCUGCUGAACCCUGGGAGCCAGAAGGCAAAGGGUGGAGGCAAACAACAGCAGCAGCAGCAGCAGACAACUCCGGAGGAAUUGCGGGAGAUGGAGUCUCAAGUGGCACACAUCAUGAAGGAGAAGGAGCGUCUGCAGACCGUGCUGCACACAAGCGAGGAAGAAUUGCCCGCCAGGCUGGAGGAUGCAAAGAAAGAGCUCGAGGCGGUGCUCUCCAAGCUGAGUACUCAGGGCGGGGCCGUUGGGAGUGCUUCGAAGGUGCCUUCCACGCAGCCGAAGCAGAUGAACGCUCGCCUCGCCGAGCUGAAGCAGAAGCUCUCGAAGCAAACGAUGGAUCGGAAUCGUCUGGCGCUGCGGUUGAAGGCCCAGCCACACCCGCUCCACGAGGAGAUCUUGUCGGUGAUGCAGAAGCGCGACGAGGCGGAAAUAAAACUUGCCUCCGCUUAA